UACUCUCUUCGUUUCAUUGGGGUUAUGUUUUCGUAAUUUCCUGAAAUGCUCUUUGUUGGCAUCGAUGCAAGAACCGCUAUUCUCCUCACCCUUUACUUUUAAACCUUACCUCCGCCCGCCCCUGGAGGCGCAACGCCGUGGAACAAAACUGGCAGCCCGACGCACGUUGAUGACGCCAUAACAACGAGCCACAACAAAAACAACAAUAGAACUCAGCUGUUCGGCAGCUAACUAGCCGGCCUAGUUACUGAAUACUUUUCUUUUUGGCUUUUCAAAUUUGGGGAUUUGUAUAAAUUGCUUUACAGUUCCUUAUGCGUUCGGAUAUGAAGCAAAGCUCGAAAAAUUGCACCAACGCUUUGUAUUCAGGUUUAAUUUGAAACUCCUUUGUCUCCUGUCUGCUAGCGUUAGCUUCUAGCAGUUUAGCUUUUUUUUAAACUGAGGACGGGAGGGAGCCCGUCCGACUCAAAGACUUCCCCAGGCCAGAGAUAUUCAUGGCAAAGCCAGACCGCAAGACCACCAGGUGGAGAUUCUGACCUCCACCAAUGACCACCAAUAUUAUUUCACCAUCUGUCAUCAUGUCGCCGCGGAAGAGACCCCUGGUCCCCGUGAGCAGCCGGCGGAAAGCAGCGGACGACCACUUCCCCUUCAACUUCCUGCCGGUGGAGUGCCAGCUGCACGUCCUGUCCUUUCUGAACGAGGUGGACAAAUGCAGCUGCGCCCUGGUCUGCGCGAGCUGGAGCCGCCUCGUACGCUCGUGGAAGCUGUGGCGGGUGGCGGACUACUCCCGCCGCGGCGUCUUCCACCUGGGCCAGGAGGGGCUGCUGGUCUCCAACCGCGAGUUCGAGAGGUGGAAGUCGUGGGUCCACCACUACACCCACCACCUGAUCUCGCGGCGGGCCAGCCUGCUCACGCUGAAGGCCAGCUUCGACCUCGGGGACCGCUGCAACAAGUGGUGCGAGCUGCUGAGUCGCCUGCUGGAUAACGUCCACUGCAGAGACCUCAGCCACCUGGACCUCAACUGGACGUUUACCCUGCUGGAGCCGCUGGACCUCAGGGUCCACUCCAGCUCCAGUUCGCACCAGGACAGCAUCACCAAGAUGGACCAGGUUACCAGUUUCCAGGAUCUACUGACCAAACUAACCCACAGCUGCCCGCGCAUCUCCAAGAUGCGGCUGCACUUCGACUGGUCGGACGAGUCCGUGUCGCUGCUCACCAAGUUCCAGCAGCUCCGGGUCCUGGAACUCAAAUACUUCUGGGUCUUUAAAGGGGUGACCCCCACGACGCUGCAGGCCCUCACUAAAUCCCUGCCCAACCUGAGGUCCUUAACUUUACAAAUCCUGGUGCCGCUCAGGAACCUGGGCAUCUCGUACACCCUGGAGUCUCAGUCCCUUGAGUUUCUGGACGUGUCGCCCAGCCGAGGCCUGGUCUUUUCCUGCCUGAGACUACCUGCCCUGCGUGAGCUGCGUGCCAAGAAGAUUGUCCGCGGCAUCACGCUGGACCGUAGGACCAGGCUGAGGAUCCAGAGCCGGUGGCCCUGCCUCUACCGCGUCCUUCGGGAGGGGACGCCCAAGCUCCAGGCUCUCAACAAUGAGCGGCUGCUUCCCACGUGGAGAGAGGACGGCUACGGGGAGCUGUCUGCCAUCCUGGAACAGUCCUGCUACUGCGUCCAGCAUUUAGACAGCUGGCUCUGGUAGACGACUGUGAGACUUGAAAUGGCUUGAAUCAUUCCAUUGGUGGUCGUUAGUGAUGUAUUGCGUUUAAACACAUAUGUUCGUCCCCAUUUAAAUAAACUGAGCAUGUUCUCAGGGGGACAAAAAAACUAGUCUUCAAGAAAAAUCAAAGGACUUCAAGUUAUUUCUUUCCUAUUCUUAACAGGAAGCUGCUGUUACACUUUCCCAAGCAGACGAUGGUGCAGACAGUGUGUCUGCAGCUGUUUUAUUUAGUUUAUCUCCGAAAAGCAAAGGUGAUUCUUGCUGAUUGCACUGUGUUGCGCUGGCCCGGAUACAUUCCCACCAGAGCUCUUUUACGCUGGAAAAAGACAACAUUAACUACAACUCUACCUGAGUCAAGUGUGCAUGGUCUGUGUUUUUGUGGAGAUUGCCUUUUAAGCAAUGAAGGAGCGCUAUGAAAAAAAAGUGUAUGUGAAGUUUUAUUUUCAUUCUAAUUUUACUAGAGUUGUUCCGAUACCAGUAUCAAAAAUGCCUCGGAUACAUCCUCAAAUCCUGGAUCGGGUACUACGCACCGAUCAGAUAUCACGUUUUUAUAUAAUUUAUUUACUCAAGCAACACAAGACCAAUAUGAAUCAACGUGCUAACGUUAACUAUAAGCAUCCAGUGGGCAGCACAAUCCUGCUUGGCCUAAUGACGGAGGUAAACGGUUAACGUAAGGAGGUCAUAUUGAGCUACAUUAUGAUGAAUUCAAGCUCUAUUAAGUGAAAAUGAGUAUUUGUUGUAAAAAAAAUUAUAACGUCUUCAUGAUGUAUCUUGUAAUGUAAUCUUGUAAACAAAUAUUCUUUUGUGAGAAACUUGAUCCAGUUGUUCAAAGGAAAUGUUUUCACAGCGAUAUAAAAUAGAUAUUGGAGAGGUAAUUAUGACCUAUUUAAACUUUUUUGUUUUUAACACUGGUAUUGGAUCGGUACUCAGUAUCGGCAGAAACACAAGUUCAGGUAUCAGACUUGAUAUUAAGAAGGAAUAAAUGGUAUUGGAACAUCUCUACUUUUUACCACGAGCCUCCAGUGUUGGUGGCUAACGGCUGAAGAUUGGAGUCAGUACUUCUGCAGUUCUCUUUUUUAAUCAGCAGAUGUCCCUGUCAUCAAAGACUUGGCCUUACAAGGUCUUACAACAGAAACUUGUAUUUACACAUGCACUAUUGUAACAUCAAUUGAUUCUAAUCAUUUCACGCCAAUCCUUGUGCUUGUGUGUCGUACAAGUAGCAGACCUGGGCUUGGGGGAGCCUAUGCUCCUCAGAAUGUAUCAAUGUAUA